UUUAACCAUAAGUUUUUAACCAUUGGUUGCUACGGAAAGAUUCUUAAUUAACAAAUCUUUGUUAUAACUGGAAGAAAAAUUGACUGCAGUUAGCUUUAAAUUUUUCAAUAAAAAUGCUUCGAUCUAAUAGACGUCUGAAGAAAAGGCAUGGCAAGGCAUAUGUAAUAAAAGAGGAAAAUGUUAUGUGCGCAAUCUGCAGGGAAUCUUGGGUUGAUAAAAAUCCAAGAAUACUUCCUUGCCAACAUACAUUUUGCCUUGAAUGUUUGGAGAAUGUACCAGUAAAUUACUCAAAAAUUAAAUGUUCCCUUUGUAGAUUUGAAUGUAAUUUACCUGGUGAUCAAGUUGCUAAUUUACAUAAGCCUUACUUUUUAAGUUCAUUUGAAAGAGUAGAAGUAAAUAAUGAUUUAUGCCCGAUACACAAUGAAGAGAAGAUAUUAUUUUGCCAAAGUCAUAAUAUUGAAAAUCUUUGCUUGCAAUGCCAUGAUGAAAAUCAUUCCUCAUGUAAAAUAAUAUUGAUGACAGCACUGAAAAAAAGAAAGGAUGUCAUAAGAAAAUGCCUUGCUUCUGAACAGAAAAUUUUAGAUUCUUCAUUAAGAGAAAUUGAGCAAUGUCAGAAAGAAUUAAUAUUAAAACUACAAAAUGAUUUUAAAUUUGUAAAGGAAAAAAUGAAAGAUACAAUAAAGAAAAGAGAAAAAAUCUUGAAAACAUCUCUUCUAUGGUUAAAUAAUGGCAAAGAUUUUUUUGAUUUUGUAACAUCAUUUUCAAAUAAUCAACCAAAAUUUAAACUAGUCGAAGGGUUAAAUUGGAAAUAUGAGAUUGAAAAUGAUGAAUAUUUAUCUGAAUUUACUCAAAAAUCUCUUGAUUUUUCAAAGAACUGCUCUUCAGCAAGACUAGUAAAUCAAAUUAGGAAAAAACUUGAACAAAAUCAAUUUAUAGAAAAAAUAGUUCUUUCAGAAAAUUGUAAUAGGCUAAAUGAUUUUAAAGAUAUUUGUCAAGAAUUGGCAAAAUCAUCAGAUACUUUAAGAGAAAUAACAGUUACUGGUUGUGACUUGAUUGCUGAACAAUUGUAUGAAAUUGGAAAUCUGUUGAUUAGUUGUUCAAAAAUUGAGAAAAUAAAACUAAUAGGAAAUGUGGCUAGAUCAUCAUCAAAUACCUUAUCAAGACGUCUAUCAGUUUUAAGACGUCUAUCAGCUUUAAGACUCUUAUCAGCACAACAAUCAAGAGAGACAACAAUGGAGGAUGCAACAGAAGUUUUAUGUCAGGGACUUUACUUUUCAGCAGCUACAUUAAAAGAAAUACAUAUAAGUGCAUGUAGAUUGAAUGGCAACCAUUGCAUACAGAUUGGAAAAUUGUUGGAAAAAUGUUUCAAUAUAAAAAUAUUAAAUCUGUCAUAUAAUAAAGAUAUAAAAGAUGGAAUAGAAAAUAUCUGUUCAGGACUAUUGAAUUCAGCUAAUACCUUAAUGGAAGUAGAUUUCAGCAAUUGUUCAUUUGAUGAGGAAAUUCAAAUGGAAAUUUACAAUUAUUUAUGGCAUUGUCCAAAUCUUGCACAGAUUCUCUUGGGCUCUGAUUAACUUUUUAAAAACAUUUGUAUGUCUAUGUUAUCCCAAUAUAGAGAACUGUCAUUUUGUUUUUCUUAGACAAAUAAACAACUACAUAUCCAUGUAAGAAUAUUUGAUUUUUGCCUUAUGGUUGAUAAGAAAGAAUAGGGGUGAAACCGUACCUGGGUUAAACCUAACCACUAGAGGGUUAAACCGUACCCAUUUUUUAUUUAAUAUAUUGUAUAUGUUUAUUAAACUUGUGAUAAUGAAAUCUAUGUUAUACUGAUACAAUGUAUAUAGCCAAAUAUAUAAAGAUGCAUUUAUCUAAACAAUUAAAAGAAUUAAAACGGAAAUGAAAAGAAAAAGAGAAUAUGAAAUGUAGGUAAAAUCUAUGGAGCAUAUAUAUCAGAUGUUUUUUAGCAAUAAUUCAUCUGCUAAUAUUUCCUAGUUUUGUAUUCAUCCCAAAUGUCAAAUAUUUUUUUUUCUCUCUUCAUAUACUUAUGUCCCUGAUAUCUAUAUAUUUGUUUCUCAGACAUCACCUUUUCAUAGAUAAUCAUCCACUAAUAUGUAGAAUGAGCCUUUUGAAUGCACUUGACUAUUCAUCCUGUUGUACCAACCCUCCAGACUAUUAUUUGUUCUAAUUGAUAGACCAAACACUGACCAAUUUUCAGGUUUUCACAUACAAUUACAUAUCCAAGUACUUUCAAAAUACAACAGUAGGUCAG